UACUCUGAGUCGGUGUCCCAUUGCUCUUCUGCAGACAGGCCCAAAAAGCCAAAGUGCAGAACCAUUCACGAGGCUGUCAAAACUGGGAACAUCAAACAACUGGACGAAAUGGUGACCUUUGGUAUCAGCAUUAAUGAGGUGGAUCCAGUCUAUAAGUUUACACCUCUGCACUGGGCAGCCCAUUCUGGAAGUCUGGAGUGUCUUCACUGGCUUCUCUGGCAUGGAGCCGAUCAGACUGCAGUGACUGUAAGAGGCUGGACAGCCGCUCAUCUGGCUGCAAUUAGAGGCCAAGAUGCCUGCAUGCAGGCCCUUCAACUCAAUGCUGUGAAUCUAGGCGUUCCAGAUGACUUCGGGUGUACUCCAGCACAUCUUGCAGCGACCCAUGGACACUCAUUCACUUUACAAACCAUACUCCGGAGUGGGGUGGAUGUCAACGCUUCUGAUAAGAAUGACUGGAAACCUAUACACAACGCUGCUUUCUACGGCCGGCUGGGCUGCCUCCAGUUUGUGGUCAGAUGGGGAGCGACUUUAGACGAUGCAGAUAAAGAUGGAAAUCUUCCAGAUUUAAGCUUUCCAGGGCAUGAUGCUGCCUUCAGAGGGGACCUGGACACCUUAAGAAUGCUACUCGAAAAUAAAAUCAUCAAUGUUAACGAACGGGAUGACCGAGGAUCAACCCUCCUGCACAAAGAAAGAGCCUACCGAAAAGUGGAAGAGUUGCAAGGUCUCCUAGAAAUGGCCCUCAGCAACUUCAAGCAGCUUGGAGGUAUCACUCCCCAGGAAAGGCAGACCAAACUGGAAGAGAAAAGACUCAAAAGGACCAUCUCUGAGCUAGAAGAGCAGCUGGAAUAUGAGCAGAUGCGACGGGAGAAGUUGGAAGCACAGCUGGACGAGGCCCGAGCAGAAAUAGGAAAAUUCAAAGAACUACAAGAAAACAACGCGAUGUCUCCAACCCAUACGCUCUCUGUGGAACCAUUGGCUUUCCCUAAAGAAGUGUCUGACCCAGACAAAGCAUCCUCCGAUUUGCCUAAAGUGAGUUUUGACACGAAGAAAGAGAAGAAAUUGAAGAAAAGGCCUCUCUUUAGCCCUGGGGGUGUGAUUGUAAAAAGAUUCUAAGAAAAACAAGUAGUAAACAAGUAGUAAACAGAGCAGGCAUUUUACUCAAAGGAAAAUUAAGUUCAGUUGGCUUCCCAGACAAUCCUCAGCACGAAAGGUGAACUAACAAUGCCAAAUUCUUAACUAGUCAAAGCACGUCUUGUUUUUUGGCAUCAUAAAUAUAUUGCCUUACCAGACUCUGAAUUUGAAGGGAAAAAGUUUAUUAUGUAUCACCUGUCCGUGUGCACAGGUCCACCUGUCGGAAAUCAAGUGACAUCUAAGCUUGCGUGGGUGUUGAUUUAAGGAGGCAUUUUUUUUAUGGCCCCAUGGCCUGUGUCAACUUCCUCCUUCAAAUUCCAGAUUAAUCCAGACUCUCGAACAUCAUUUUUGUGCAACCUUUUAAAUGUGAAAUUUUCACAGCUCUCAGAAUGAAAUUCUUGUAGUUUGGGGGCAAUCGUGCUUUUAAUCUGUUUUGGGGUUUCCAAAUUCGGAAAGGCUGCCUCUGAACCAGGUUGCCAUUACAGGUAAGGGUUUUUAAAAUGCACUACUAAUUAUUAUACACUGGCUUGUCAUUAAAGAUUAACCUUUUUUUUAAAAAAAAGAAAACUUCCAAUGCUUAUGUUGCCCCUUAGCCAAGGCUCAGUGAACUUUCUGCUGUACAGUGGAGACGCUAAUAAACUGAACAAUUUAAUAUGAGUGAUGCAUCUGUCUUAUUGUACAUCAGUAAGUCCAAGAACUCUGGCAGGGAUGGUUGAAAAUACAAGAUUUGUUUGCUUCUACAUGGUAAAACGUCUUCUAAAAAGGGGAGAAAUUGGGAAAAAUGGGCUUACAAGAAUUCAGAGGAAUUGUUGAAGGUCAUCCUGGUGAUAUGAGACCGGUUGGUUCGCAAAGUGUAGGAAGGGACUGGACAAUCAAGCAACUCUGGAAUAAUUGUAGCCAAGUAGACAAUCCAGAGGUGAACUCUAGUGGUCAGCAAAUGUUUAAUAUUAAAACAGAGACUUCCAAGAACUUCAGUUUGUAAAAUUCAGCAACAAGAAUUAUUUCUGAAGAAAUUCAGCUUCCUUGUGCUUUGGGGCCACUGUCCCAACCCACCUCCCUUCAACGUGUCAAGAGUAAAAAUGCAAUUAUUUCUCCAACAUCUGGAAAGCACAAUAUGAGGCCAGACCGUUUCAUAGAACUACAAAACACAAUACUGCAAUAAAAAACAAACAAACAAUAACGAUCUGUCUGAUGCACGUAUUUGAGGGGAAUAAAGCAGCUGGCGAUGCGUACUUAAAUCUUCCCUUCGCAAAGGAAAACAUCUGGCAGCUUUAAGCACCCUGCAUUUUGUGGACAACGCACAAGAUAAAAAGCAGAAAAUACAGCUCUGGAAAGGCAGGUUUAAGUUUCCUGGGAAUUCAUGUGGCAUUUUAAAGGAUAUCUUCAAUAAUAAUAAUAAUAAUAAUAAAUCCUUCCUUCCUCUCGCUCACA